AUGCUACAUGAAAACCGAACAACAAUCAAAGAGUUUAUCCUUGUGGGCUUUCCAACACUCCACCCUGACUAUUAUGGCCUGGUCGCAUUUAUAUUUUGUAUUGUGUAUGUUAUCACAGUUGUAGGGAACUCUUUUCUAGUUGUAACAUUUGUGCUUGAGCCAAGCCUCCAUAAACCGAUGUACAUUAUCAUGUUGAGUUUGGCUCUGUCUGACAUAGGAUUUGCCACUGUAGCUCUGCCUAAAAUCAUUUCAAGGUACUGGUUUGAUGACAAAUUUGUUUCAUUCAAUGUGUGCUUCUUGCAAAUGGGACUGAUUCACAGCUUUGGGACUCUGAACUCUUACAUUAUGGGGAUUAUGGCUUUGGAUCGUUACAUGGCCAUAUGUCUUCCUCUCAGAUAUCCUAUGCUGAUGAAAAAUCGCACUAUGACCAUCCUAAACGGUUUUGCCUGGAUUCUAUCCAUGGCUCCUGUAAGUAUCUCAUUAACCUACAUCUACAUGCUUCCAUAUUGUGGGCCCAAUCGAAUCUAUCAAUGUUAUUGUGAUCAACAUUCCAUAAGGACCCAGGCAUGUGCUGACUACAGUUAUGAGACAAUGAUUUCUUUCGCAUUAGCUAUGCUGGUACUUCUGAUACCCCUGGCUUUCAUUGUCUACACUUAUGUCCAUAUAAUUAUCAGUGUAUCGAAAAUAUCCAGUUCACAGAGCCGAUGGAAAACUUUCUCCACCUGCAGCACACAAAUAUGCAUUAUCAGUCUUUACUAUCUACCACGCUGCACUGUCUAUAUUUUCAACAUGGCAGGUAUCUCCAUGAACCAAGAUACCCGCAUUACACUUAUCCUCUUCUACAGUCUGUUUCCUCCUCUUAUAAACCCCUUCAUUUACUGCCUGAGAACAAAAGAGAUCAAACUGGCACUGGCUCGCUGGUUUAGAAUGAGGAAUAUUAGCAAGAAGUUCUCCAUUGCUGCUAUGCCUUCAAUGAUGUGA